CGGAGUUGCACCGUGUUUUCUCCAGAUUUCGCUGCAUGCAGGAUAUCACCUGAAAAUUUUGCUUUCCGAGCUAGCCUGGGUGGGCACGGAUGGACUGGCUGGGGGUGCCAGCGGCCAGCUGAGGCAGCUUCACUUAGCAGACAGUGUAGACAGUGCCAUGUGUUGGUGACCACGCUCUUUCCUUCUUUUUCCCGCAAGAAUUGGUGAAAUUCUUCCCUCCCCCUCACCCUCGGAAGUUUGUAUUAUAAAUUUCUGGCUUGUCAUUGGCUACCCCCACCGACAAUGAUCCCCUGUUAUAAAAACACCGCUCCAUCCUCGUUAGGGAAUUUUCUCUUUCCUCUCCACUGACAAAAUGUUAUCUGCCAGAACUGCCUUGAGAGCUCCACGCUCGAUCCGUGGUUUAGCCACCUCCGGCUUGACCAAGGAUUCCCAAGUUAACCAAAACUUGUUGGAAACCCACUCCUUCAUCCAAUACAAGAAGCAAUUGGAAAACGUCAAGAUCGUCAAGGAAAGAUUGAACCGUCCUUUGACCUACGCUGAAAAGUUGUUGUACGGACACUUGGACGACCCUCACGGUCAAGACAUCCAAAGAGGUGUCUCCUACUUGAAGUUGAGACCAGACCGUGUCGCUUGUCAAGAUGCCACCGCUCAAAUGGCCAUCUUACAAUUCAUGUCUGCCAACUUGCCACAAGUCGCUACCCCAUCCACCGUCCACUGUGACCACUUGAUCCAAGCUCAAGUUGGUGGUGUUAAGGAUUUGGCCAGAGCCAUCGACCUUAACAAGGAAGUCUUCGACUUCUUGUCUUCUGCCUGUGCCAAGUACAACUUAGGUUUCUGGAAGCCAGGUUCGGGUAUUAUCCAUCAAAUCAUCUUGGAAAACUACGCUUUCCCAGGUGCUCUUUUGAUUGGUACUGACUCCCACACUCCAAACGCCGGUGGUUUGGGUCAAUUGGCUAUUGGUGUCGGUGGUGCUGACGCUGUCGAUGUCAUGGCUGACUUGGCUUGGGAAUUGAAGGCUCCAAAGAUCAUUGGUGUUAAGUUGACCGGUAAGAUGUCUGGUUGGACUUCUCCAAAGGAUAUUAUCUUGAAGUUGGCUGGUAUCACCACCGUCAAGGGUGGUACCGGUUCCAUCGUCGAAUACUUCGGUUCCGGUGUUGAGACCUUCUCCUGUACUGGUAUGGGUACCAUCUGUAAUAUGGGUGCCGAAAUUGGUGCUACCACCUCCGUUUUCCCAUUCAACCCAUCCAUGGUUGACUACUUGAACGCCACUGGUAGAUCUGAAAUCGCCGAGUUCGCCAACAUCUACAAGAAGGAAUACUUGUCUGCUGAUGAAGGUUGUGAGUACGAUGAAGUCAUUGAAAUUGACUUGAACACCUUGGAACCACACGUCAACGGUCCAUUCACCCCAGAUUUGGCUACCCCAAUCUCCAAGAUGAAGGAAACCGCUCUUGCCAACAACUGGCCAAUGGAGGUCAAGGUUGGUUUGAUUGGUUCUUGUACCAACUCUUCUUACGAAGACAUGACCAGAGCUGCUUCUAUCAUCAAGGACGCUGGUGCCCACGGUUUGAAGGCUAAGUCCAUCUACACCGUCUCCCCAGGUUCCGAACAAGUCAGAGCCACCAUUGCCAGAGAUGGUCAAUUGAAGACCUUCGAAGACUUCGGUGGUGUUGUCAUGGCUAACGCCUGUGGUCCAUGUAUCGGUCAAUGGGACAGACAAGACAUCAAGAAGGGUGACAAGAACACCAUUGUUUCCUCUUUCAACAGAAACUUCACUGCCAGAAACGAUGGUAACCCAGCCACCCACGCUUUCGUUGCUUCCCCAGAAAUGACCACCGCUUACGCCAUUUCUGGUGACUUAGGUUUCAACCCAAUCACCGACACCUUGGUGGGUGCUGACGGUAAGGAAUUCAAGUUGAAGGAACCACAAGGUGUUGGUUUGCCACCAAACGGUUACGAUGCUGGUGAAAACACUUACCAAGCCCCACCAAAGGACAGAUCUACUGUUUCCGUUCAAAUUAACCCAUCUUCCGACAGAUUGCAAAAGUUGACUCCAUUCAAGCCAUGGGAUGGUAAGGAUGCUACCAACAUGCCAAUCUUGAUUAAGGCUGUUGGUAAGACCACCACUGAUCAUAUUUCUAUGGCUGGUCCAUGGUUGAAAUACCGUGGUCACUUGGAAAACAUUUCCAACAACUAUAUGAUUGGUGCCACCAACGCUGAAAACGGUGAAGCUAACAACGUUAAGAACCUUUACACUAGUGAAUACAAGGGUGUCCCAGACACUGCUGCUGACUACAGAGAUGCUGGUAAGAAGUGGGUUGUUAUCGGUGACGAAAACUUCGGUGAAGGUUCUUCCAGAGAACACGCUGCCUUGGAACCAAGAUUCUUGGGUGGUUUCGCCAUCAUUACCAAGUCUUUCGCUCGUAUUCACGAAACCAACUUGAAGAAGCAAGGUUUGUUGCCAUUGAACUUCGUUGACGUUGCUGACUACGACAAGAUCCAACCAGAAGACACUGUUGACUUGCUCGGUUUGACUGAAUUGGCUCCAGGUAAGAACGUUACCUUGAGAGUCCACCCAAAGAACGGUGACGCUGCUUGGGAUGCUCAAUUGUCUCACACCUACAACGCUGAACAAAUUGAAUGGUUCAAGUACGGUUCCGCUUUGAACAAGAUGGCUGCCGUUGCUGCUGAAAAGAAGAACUAAACGAUCCAAUUGUAAUAUCUCAUUGUCGUUUACUUUUUUCCAAUAUCCAUAGUAAUUCAUAACGGUCAAAAAGGUAAAUGAACGGAGUAGUUAACGCUAUUCAUUAUUUAUUCAUGUUAUGUCCAACUGUUGUUGUCGCUUAGUUUAUAGUUAUUCUUCAUAAAAUGCACAACAUUUUGUAA